AUGGAUAAGAAAAAAGUAAGUGCCGUUGGUAUUUGUUUAUCCGCUGCCGAAAUGUUAGUCGUUAAACUGAAAGAAAAGAAGCAAAGAAAAAAGCGACGUUUUGGGAGGAGACCUAUGAAUAGAAAUCGGGAUAAGGGUUCUUCACAGCAAGAAGUGGCAUGGAACUUUAAAAUUGGGAAGACUACCGUACACUGCAUCAUUAAAGAAACUACAGAAGCAAUUUAUAAAGUAUUACAACCUUUGGUAUUAUUAGAGCCCACCAAGGAAACUUUUACUGCAAUUGCGACAGAUUUUUUUAAUAAAUGGCAAUUACCAAAUUGUUCUGGUGCAGUGGAUGGCAAGAACAUCUACAUCCAAGCGCCAAAAAAUGGAAGUCUGUUUUAUAAUUAUAAACAAUCAUUUAGCAUUGUUUUAAUGGUAGAUGCAAAUUAUAAGUUUUCAAUGGUGGACAUUGGUGUUUAUGGUUCCAAUCAUGAUGGCGCUAUAUUUAUGGAAAGUGUUUUUGGAGCAGCACUGUUAAAUGGAAAUUUAAACCUUCCACUACCAAAAGAAUUACCGGGAACAAAUGUUGUCUUGCCUCAUUUUCUUGUAGGAGAUCAAGCAUUUCCACUACAUGAGAACAUUAUGAGGCCAUAUCCAGGACAACAUUUAGGGGUUGAAAAAAAUAUCUUCAACUACAGAAUUUCCAGAGGUAGGAGAGUAGUUGAAAAUAUUUGGAAUUUUAACAGCGCGAUGGUGUAA